AUGUCCAAAUCUUCAUCUUCUGUUCAAGUACUAAAUCCAACUUCUGCAAUAAGUUUCGAUAGCAUGGCCACACCAGUAGGAACAUUGCGCAAUACUAGUCACGCACAGCAACACUCACAACCAUCACAACAAGCACAAUCAUCACAAGCACAAAAAAAUCAAGAGAAUAAAACCCAAACAAUUGUUGCAACAUUAUCCGAUACUUCAGAUUCGGAACAAGAAGUUAUUGGUUCUGGAGGCGAAAGUGAACCUGAAGAAGAUGUAAAUCCCGAAGAAGCCCGAGAAACUUUGCAACAUGAAAAUUUAAUAAAAGCGGGAUAUCUUAAAAAAAUAGAGAGACGAAAGAGUUCGAAACGAAGAUGGUUUGUGUUAAGAUCAACAAAAUUAGCAUAUUACAAAAAUUUAAAUGAUAUUGGUACCGUUGCAGAAGUCAAAUUAAAGAAUAAAACAAAUGUGUUUUGUAUUGUUACACCCAAACGUACAUAUUACGUUCGAGCUGACAGUUCUUUACAAAUUAAAACAAUUCUAUCCGAAAAACCUAUUAGUUUAGAUGAAUCAACGACUAGAUCACCAGUUGUAGAAUUUAAUACUAUGGAAUCACAUAAUUCAGUUAUUAUUUCAUCAUCAUUACCAUCAAGUCCUGUAACAGGUCAAUUUGUACCGGAAAGAAAGGAUAGCGUCGAACCGACUACUAGUUCUGAAGAAGAAGAAGGUGUUGAAUUUAUGGAUGAUGAUGAUGAGAAUGAUCGUAUAAUUCAAAAUGGUUAUGUUUAUAAACUUGAUAGAUUUAAAAAACCUCGUCCACAUUUGGUAAUCAAUCUUUCGGAUAUUCUUGAUGCCAUCGAAAUGGAUCCCUUAUCGAAAUCAAAGCAACAUUGUUUUAAAAUCAUUACUCCAAAACGAAAUUAUAUUUGUUGUGCUAUGGAUGCAAAAUCACAAGUUACUUGGUUAGCCGCUUUACAAGGAUUGCUAAAACUCACUAGUGUUGAUCAAUCUAAACCCGUAAAUCAAAAACCAAAAUUUCCUUUAUGA